UUAUACCCGUACUUUCUUUCGUCACCAUGGUGACUGGGCUUCAUUCUUUAUUCGUAACUGUGGUGCUGGCGUCUGUCGCGCGCUAUACCGGGGCAGUGGGACCGGUGAUCCGGUGUGAGCCUUGUGAUGCCGGCGCACGGAUGCUGUGUAAGCCCAUACCCAAGGAUUGCGCGGAGAAGGUACGCGAGCCAGGCUGUGGCUGUUGCCUGACUUGUGCCAUUGCGCACGGGCAGCCGUGUGGAAUAUACACGGGAAGAUGCGGGUUCGGCUUAACUUGCCAGCAUCAGCCGGGAGAAACUAAACCGCUCCAAGCAUUACUGGAGGGACGUGGAAUCUGCGCCAACGCAACCUCAAAAAAGCUGUUAAGGACCCCAGCUUCAGGCAAGGAAAAUGAAGGCGGUGAGAAGGUCCCCGGGGAGGAGACAGUAGCCGCCAGUCCCCAGCCACCACUGGCCAGCCUCCCGCAUCUCCCCCUCCCUCCUCGGCAGCAGCACCCCCUUUACCACAGCCACGCCAAGGCAGAGGUCAUCCGCCGCGAGCACGCCAAAAAGACCCAGAGCUUCAAGAUGGAGGACAUGCCCAUUGGACCUAACACGGACCAGCAGAACUUCUCCCUGGAAACCAAGCCAGAGCCUGAAUUUGGUCCGUGUCGACGGGAGAUGGAGAGCAUACUCAACAGUCUGAAGGUCACAGACAUCCUCAAUCCCAAAGGCUUUCGCAUCCCAAACUGUGACAAAAAAGGCUUCUACAAGAAAAGACAGUGUCGUCCAUCCAAUGGACGGAAGCGUGGAUUCUGCUGGUGUGUGGACAAGUAUGGUCAGCCAUUGCCGGGUUACAAGGGGAGAGGGGGAGGCGACACCCACUGUUACAACUUGGAUAACCAAUAGAAGCAGUUUAUGAGUGAGAGAUGGAGAGAGGGAUGGAGAGGGGAGAGAGAGAGAGAGAGAGAGAGAUUGUCAGGGUGGAUUGGAAUGAGACGUUGCUAGACUGAGGAUGCUAGGAACAGAGUCAGGUGCAGCCUACUGGCUCAGGGAGCUACCUCGCCUCACAGACUUUUGGUUAUGGGCUCGGCAGGGGCCUGUCUGAUGCUUUGUGGAAAUAAAGCUCUCCUCCGCUCCUGUCUCCUCCUCUCCUGUCCUCUCCUCCCUUCUCUGAUCCUGCUGACCUGCGGCUCUUCACUGGGACUGAAGUGUGAGCCGAGCCUGUCAUCGGGACAGCCCAGACUCGCCGAGCCACAUCGCCACAGCGGCAGCCCCCUCUCCUCCGCAUGGACCACUAUGCCUGUGCCAUGCCUCAUCCACCACACACACCAGGAGGACUGUGCAGCCAUGCCACAAAAGGCUUCCAUCACGCAUAGAUGUGUAUUUAUAUGUAUGUUUAUGUAUAUAUAUGGUAUAAAUUGUCACUGCCUAUCAUGAAUAGGUAUAUGAGCAAGUGUCCCGGGUGGUGGCAGAGAGUGCUCUGAGGACAUGGAGGAGCAAUAGGGUGUUGAAAAAACUACAAUCCCCAGGACAGAGUGGGAGCUGGGGGUGUUGGGUAAGCUUGUGUGGGAGAGGCAAAGCUCAUCUUGACAAACUCCUCUGAACACUUGCGGAUGGCAGGGCCACACAGGGACGCCCUGAAACCACUACACGACACGACUUGAGGAGAGACCAGGAAUAAAUGAUUGCUACUUGGUUUGUUUUCCCUGUGUUUGCAUCCUACGAUUGUUCGUAUUUAAUUUUUUGUCAAAAGAUGGGAGGCCUGUGUCAGUGGAUCAUGGGCAUACAUCAAGGAUGACACAAAGCAAUUCAUUGAAGUGCACUAAUCUGUCAGGGAGUCGUUUGACAUGCCUUUAUCACAUAAAAAUACUCAGGCUGCUUUGCACAUCAUCACUUCUGUGGUAAACAAUUAUAAUAAUAAGCUGGAAUCUUUUUGCACCAUGUAUUCAGGCCUCAUACAACACUCAUGCUAAAGGUUGCCAUUGUAAAUGGUAUGUAUGUCUUAUAUAAAGCUUUCAGUUGCCUAGUCUAGUCUAGGUCAUCAUUCUAGGUCAGGCAUCAUUAUAGAAAUCAUGUGUCAAGUUCAAGGUGUGUGGUCUACUCAAAGUAUGCAUAACCACUCACCUACCCUGGUGUUUCUUUCCUGUUUUGUCUAAAGCAUCUUCUAUUCAUUUUUUUCCUGCUUACAGUUGUUGUUUUUCCUGUCCCCAGCAGGUCCACACUAAGGCUAGUGUGCAUUAAACGUAUGAAGUCUCUUCUCAAAGCAUUCUCCUCAGAUAGGGAGGGGGGAUACUGAAACUCAUUGCAG